CUUUAGUCACCGAAUUAAGGCUGAAGCGAAUGGUUUAAAAUGGGACUUAGCUUGCUGGUGGUUAUUGCAAUUGGUAUCCUCUUCUAUUGGCUGUACCAAAUCAACAAGGAUUACGUGGUCCUUGCUUUCUUUGCACCUCGUGUGAGAACCAAGGAUGGUCGUCCUGUGGAGAGCAUUGCUCCUGUGGCCAAAGGAAAAACAAUCUUUGGCAAUUCCUUUGAUGUGUAUGGCACAAACGAUGCGGAAUUUUUUCAGGACUCACGCCACAAGGCCAAAGAAAUGGGAACCAGCUAUCUGGAGUAUGCCUUUGGCCUAUCCGUUUACAACAUAAUUGAUGCAGAGAAUGCCGAGUUGAUAUUGAAUGAUCAGAGUCUGAUAACCAAAUCACUGAUAUACGAUUUUCUACAACCAGCUCUACGCACUGGAUUGCUCACAUCUACAGAUAAGAAAUGGCACAGUCGACGCAAGAUGUUAACGCCUACAUUCCAUUUCAAUAUCUUGGGACAGUUUGAGGAGAUAUUCAAAGCUGAAAGUCUUAAGUUUAUCAAACAGUUUCAAGGUCAAUCCGAGACUCUUAUCUCGCUCAGCGAGUUGAUUCCAAGAUUCACACUCAACAGCAUUUGUGAGACUGCGAUGGGUGUCAAGCUGGAUGAUAUGGCCGAGAAGGGAGAUCUUUAUCGACAGAACUUUGCUAUGAUUGAGAAGCGAUUUAUAAAACGUUUGAGCAAUCCCAUUUACUGGAACAAAACAAUUUAUGAGCUAAUUGGUGCUAAAAAGGAUGCUCCUCCACUUAAAGUGGUCCACGAUUUCUCUAGUGAAAUUAUUGCCAAGCGUCGUCUACUUCUCAAUGAUGAAUUGGAACAUCGUCCAAGUUCACAAGUGGCAGAUGAUGAUAUUUACAUCAAUAAGAAACAACGCUUUGCCAUGCUGGACACUCUGAUCUUUGCUGAGAAGGAUGGUCUAAUUGAUCACGAGGGUAUUUGCGAAGAGGUGGAUACCCUGAUGUUCGAGGGCUUCGAUACCACAUCCAUGGGUCUCAUAUUUUGUCUGAUGAACAUGUCGCUUUAUGCCGAUAAACAGGAGCUUUGUUUCCAGGAAAUCUCGGAGCUAAUAGAUGAUGACUUUAGCAAUCUAGACAUCAAUCAGAUUUCGAAGCUUAAAUAUUUAGAUUGUUUUGUGAAGGAAACGAUGCGUAUGUUCCCAUCGGUACCAAUGCUGGGCCGUCAAACGGUUCGGGAAACUCAACUGGCCAAUGGCUUAAUUCUUCCUGCCGGAUCUCAGAUUACUCUGCAUGUUUUCGACAUCCAUCGCAAUACCAAAUACUGGGACUCCCCUGAUGAGUUCCGACCUGAACGUUUCCUACCCGAUAACUCAAAGGAUCGUCAUACAUAUGCUUACAUACCCUUUAGUGCCGGUCAACGCAAUUGCAUAGGUCAAAAGUACGCCAUGUUGGAGAUGAAGACUCUGCUUAUUGCUGUAAUCAAACACUUCAAAAUUCUACCUCUCGUGGAUCCCAAAGACUUUGUCUUUAACAUGGGCCUUACACUUCGUACCAAUAACAAUAUUAAAGUGAAGUUAGUAAGGCGAAAAUAAUGGAUGAAAUUUGGCUCUAGCUGUUGAUGAUUGAUGAAAUUUAAUUGACUUUAAACUUGAAUGUAUUCAUAUUUAAAAAGGUAAAUAACCU